GCCGACGGGUUGGUUACCGGUGACGCGCAGAUUCGAUUUAAAGAGCGAUUUAUCAAGGAUUCAAGCUGGACAAUGACAUGGAUCAUGGAGUGAAGGUUAAAAUGAUGAUGGAUGGGAUGAAUGCAGAGCUGUUGAAGAAUGGUGUUGGCCAGAAUGCCAGCUCUGAUGAGAAGCUACAUGUCCUGUGGAAGCUCUACCUCCAGGCUGAAGCAGACAUCAAGGCCGGGUCACAAAGCAUGCAAUCACUGCACAAGAAACAAGCAGAAGAAAUGAAAGAAGUUGAAUUAUACGUUGAAAACAUGCGUAAGCUAUCAGAGGAAAGGGAGACUCUGACUCAAGAAUUUGAAGCAGAAAAUGAGGAACUAAAGGAGGAAAAUCAGAGACUAAAGAACAACAAGGAGAAAAGCAACCAAGAAAUCCAGCAAUUGUUGAGACAGGAGGGCUUUGAAGACCUAGCCAAGAGUACAGCCAGUGAGGCUAUAGCUUACUUUCUAGUGGAGAGGACCCGUCUUUCUGAUAACAUAGCCACAGAGAGAAGGAAAUCACUCACCAAUGGAUCGGCAAAAAAUCAGCUAGAACAGUUUCAGAAAGAUAGGAUUGGUAAACUGGAGAAAGAGAAGGAUCACCUGGAGCAGGAGCGUAGACAGCAGAUGCAGCGAGUGAAGGAGCUGGAGGUAGAACUAAAGAUGAGCAAGAACAGACUGGAGAAAGAAAAGGAAGUGCAUCACAAAGAGGUGGAAAGGGUCCACAAAAAGGCUGAUGAAAGAUUGCAGAGUAGUUCAGGUGAUGAUGCUCAGCUAAGAGAGUCUAAACGUAAGUUGGAACAAGAGCUGACCACAAUGAAAUACCGCAUGAAGACCAGUGAAGACGAGAAGGAAAAAAUCAAGCAGAAGGUGAAGGAGCUCACAGAGAGCUUGGAUACUGAGAGGAAACGGCGAUCAUCCUAUGAAGGCACAAUCAUCAAGUUAAAACACCUGUUGGAUACAAAUCGCAAAACCAUCUCCACGAUCGAGGAGGAGAAGGAAGCAUUGAAUGUUGAGAAGAAAUCUUUGGAACAGAAGUUUGAACUACUGAGGAAGGAUGUGCAGGAAUUCAAAGCCCAUGAAAAACAAACAGUGACAAAACCAGAGCCAACGUCUACUGGAGAUCUAAGCUCCUUUAAUCUGCAGGAAGAGAUUAAGAGACUUCAGAAGCAGAACAAGACGUGUGUGAGUCGCCUUGAAGAGACCAUGAUAUCCCUCGAGAGUGAGAAGAUGAAGUGCAGGGAACUAGAGAGGAAGCUCUCAACCACCGAGGAGAAAUGGGAGCUGGUUGUCAAGAGGUAUCGUGACAAUGAGAAACAGCUCAAUAACAAGUUGGACAUCCUGAGCCAUGAACUGGACGGCUCCAAAACACUGCUCUCCAAUAGCCAACUGGAUAUUUUCAAGCUACAAGCAGAAAACAAGAGGAUUUUAAGUGAUUCUAGCUUUGAGAAGGACAAGUAUGAGGAUCAGCUUCAGGUGGAGCAGAGUAUCCUGGGUAAGGAGGUGGAGCGUCAUAGGGAGACCAUAGGAGAGCUGGAGCAUCUGGUAGACGGACUGAAGAAGGAUCGGGAUGUACUAGCACAUGAGCUCCAGGCUAUGAUCAGUAAGGAGCAGAAACACAAGGAAUGGAUGGGAUCCAUGGACCUAUUGGGCAAGGAGAACAGGGAGCUCUCUGAUAAGAAACAAGUAAAGUUCCUGUCUCCAAGAUUCAGGUCAUCAUCACCAUCUGUACAAUCACUGGAAUCAAGUCUAAGCAAGGAGACGUACAUGCAACAAGAAUUGGACAUUGAGAAAAGAAAAAGUAGAGACCUAGCAUCCAGACUGAAGAUGUCUGAGCAUUCAGGAGAUGCACUUCAAGGAGAGCUAGGAAGGAGGUCUGCUGAGCUCUUUAAGCACUAUGAUAGUAGUAGAGAUGGACAAAAUAAAUUGGAGAUAGAGCUUCUAGCUGUGAGGAGAGAGUUAGAGAUGGAAAAGGCUUUAGCAGCUAAAGACAAGACCAAUCUGAAUCAAACCUUGGAGAGAGAUGAGUUGAGGCUUAAAGAUCUUGAGACACACCUCAGUACCAAAAACCAGGAAAUAACCCAACUGAGGAGAGAGGUAGGACGGCUCUCACUGGAUGAAAGCAGAACAGGGGAAAAGGUGAAUGAAGAAACAAGACGAAGGUCAGACGUGGAGUCGAGGAACAAGGUGUUGGAAGAAGAAAUGACCAAGCUGUGGAGCCAAUUGAAAGGCAUGAUGGACCGGCUGUCAGAGGCAGAAAAAUCCAAACAUGAAUUGGAGUCUGAAUUAACAAGGUUAACCAAUCAGUAUCGUCACCAAGAAGCAGCAAAGGAUAUGCAUCAUGCAGAGACAGUUGCCGUGACGACUACCCUGAGUAAAGUUCAGCAGCGAGCUCAGGCUGCAGAGAGGAAGAUUCCAGAGCUCCAAACCGAACUGGACCAAACAUCACUAAGACUGCAAGCUACUGAAGUGCAUCUUAAAGACUUUGGCGCACUCAAGGUGCAACUCCAGGACAGACAUGAUGAGGCUGUAAGACUGAAAUCACAGAUCCAAGAUGAUAAGUUACAAAGAUCUGUGAUGACUCAGCAGAUAGAUGAUUUACGCCAGCAGUGCAAGGCAUCCAGAGACAUAGAAGACCAGCUAAGGAAAGAGAACCAGGACCUGAAAGAUCAGCUCAUAGGAAUCCAAUCCAAACUCUAUCAUGCAGAGGAUACUAGUAGGAGUGUCAAUGAUAAGCAUAACAUGUCAGAGCAGAGCAGAUCAUCGCUGCUUCAGCAAGUUGGCAACCUCCAAGCAGAGAGGGAUAACCUGAGCCAAGAACUAGCCCGUAUCUCAGCCCAGCUAGAUGCUCAGAUACGAAAGUACCAGGACCACAAAAACAAUACCAAGAUUAAGAUGCAACAAGCAAGGGAUUUGUUUGCCAAGCAGAAAGGCAUGCUGGGUGAUAGUCUGAUGAAGUUACAGGAAGAAUUGAAAGCAGCAAGAUCUGAACUGGCAGCGACAAACCAUUCCCACUCUACUAUGGACAAUAAACACCAAACCUUACUUGCAGAACACAGGGAACAUCUAACCAAGUUCACUGAGUUGGAAGAGAUGGUAAGAGACCAGAGCCAUGGAAUCGGUACCCAGGAUUAUAGGAUCAAGUUCCUAGAGAGAGAGAAUGGUAUGCUUCAGGAGCGCAUUGAUACACUGUCCAAGCAGAGGAUGGCCCUAGAGAAGCUGGUCAGAGAGUACAGGCUGGAGAAGCAGAAGGAUGAGAUCAACCGCUCAAUAGGUGGGGUACCUAGCUAUGGUGGCUACCCUCAGCCAUCCAUCAAGACAUCUCUUAGCAGUGGCAUGGGUAACUCAGUCAGCAGCAGGUCAUCAGUGGAUCUUGCGAAUGGUCAUCAUGAUGGUCUCCUAUCCAAGACUAAUCUGACCAAUGGAUCAGACGUCCAUUAAUACAGAGCCCAAGUGCUUCUCGACCUGCUCAGUAACGGGGGAAACAUGUUAACGCUAUAGUCGCUAAACCUACUGGUUAACCUCGACAAGGGCCCUUACUUAACCUAUUGUCCACCGAAUGGGAAAUGAGAUGACUAUAUAAUGAUUGACAGCAGUAAGAGGUCAGUAAUGAGCAGUUGAGUGGCCAGUCACAGCAUAGACAGACUUGCCAAGAACUAUAACAGUACAUGUAUUUCCAUGGAACAAGAAAAUGUACUUCAAGAUGGACUACAAACAAUGAUAUAUGUACCUGUAUGUUGCAUCUGAACAAUCAUAGAUUAAUUGAUGUCAGGCAGUGCUGGAAACUGCUAUUUAGCCCCCUAGGAUGAAAAUCAACUGUAAUAGAAAAAAUAUAGUUAUGAGCUCUUAACCCGUUCAGUGCCAAAGAUGGUUUACACGGAUCAAAAUUAAAUGUAUCCAAUAGUGUGCUUUUUUGGUCUUGAAAUCUAAAAUUGGUUCAUGAUAUGUAUAUGAAAUUCUUUGUCAGAGCACUUGGUUUAUAUGCAGAUGAUCAAUGAAAGAAGCGUCUUGAUUGUCUGACAACACUUUUAAUAACUGGUGAUACAUUUACAUGUCUAUAUUUGUGAAGCUGUCGGCUCUGCUAGGGUUUAGUAACAAGUGUGAAUAUUACAAAUCAUGUGCACAAGAAUAAUUUGUCGCUGUCUUACACUCAGAAAACAGCUGAAUCUCUUUGGACACA